AUGUCCGUACCCGCUGCCCCUCCUACUGCUCAUAUCUCCUCUCGCGAAGAGAGUACCUCUCAGUUGCAAUCCUACCCUUCCAUCUCCAUCAGCCCUUCCCAAUAUCAGACCACUCGCACUUCUCAUCUCCCCCUUUCAGAGCCACCCUCCUAUCUGUCGCCGGCAGUACGCGCGCUUAAACAAGGUUGCGUUGGACUAACACCUCCUAGCAAUGCACGCACUCGGGCCCCAUUUAAGCCUCGCUCUGCGGCCAAAGGCACCAGCAGCUACCAGCUGCGACAAUUCGCCGAAGCCACCCUUGGAAGUGGCAGUUUGCGCAAAGCCGUGAAGCUGCCCGAGGGCGAGGAUCUCAACGAAUGGCUUGCUGUGAACAUUGUCGACUUCUACAACCAGAUCAACCUGCUUUACGGCUCAAUAACUGAAUUCUGCUCGCCGCAGACAUGUCCCGAGAUGAAGGCUACAGAUGAAUUCGAGUACCUCUGGCAAGACUCCGAGAAUUACAAGAGACCAACCAAGAUGUCUGCACCGGAAUACAUUGAGCACCUGAUGGCCUGGGUUCAAAGCAAUGUCGACAACGAGCAGAUGUUCCCUAGCCGAAUUGGUGUACCUUUCCCCAAGAGCUUCCCCAGUCUUUUGCGUCAGAUCUUCAAGCGUCUCUACCGAGUGUAUGCCCACAUCUACUGCCACCAUUACCCCGUCGUUGUUCACCUUGGCCUCGAACCCCACCUAAACACCAGCUUCAAGCACUACGUCCUCUUCAUUGACGAGCACAAGCUUGCCAGCGGCAAGGACUUCUGGGGCCCUCUGGGUGACUUGGUGGAUAGUAUGUUGCGCAGUGAUUAG